AUGUCCAGUUGUAAAACCACUGCUUCUGAAAUGGUUGCUUCUAUGGCAAAAGACAAGGCAACUGUUAACAUCAAAGCUAAAACACGUUCAAGUAAUGUGACUUUCGAGCCGCCUGUUACCCACGAUAUGGUCCGUUCGCUUUUUGAUCCAACUCUAAAGAAAUCAUUGUUGGAAAAAUGUAUUGCACUAGCUAUUAUAUCAAAUUUUUUCAUUUGCUAUUGGGUCUACCAAGGGUUUGGGUUACAAUUUACCAAGUACUUUUUUCUUUUACAGUAUUUGUUUUGGAGAAUUGCUUAUAAUUUGGGUAUUGGUUUUGUUCUGCAUUAUCAGUCGCAUUAUGAAACGUUAACGAAUUGUGCUAAGAAUCACGCAAUUUUUAGUAAUAUACCACAAACUCAAGAUGAUGAUUUGAAUUUCUCAACAAAUUUUAAUUCUUUUUCAGAAAGAUUAUGGAGUUAUAUCAGAAAGUUUUGUCAAUAUGAGAUUAGGUCGAAAAUGCCAAAGGAGUAUGACUUAUUUCUUUAUCCGGAAGAAAUUAAUGUUUGGCUAAUUUUCCGUCAAUUUGUUGAUUUAAUUUUAAUGCAAGAUUUUGUAACCUACAUUAUCUACGUUUACCUAUCUAUUCCAUACAACUUGGUUCAAGUUUUUAACUGGAGAUCUUUAUUAGGUGUUAUUCUGAUUGUUUUUAAUAUAUGGGUUAAACUGGAUGCGCACCGUGUGGUUAAGGAUUAUGCCUGGUACUGGGGUGAUUUUUUCUUUUUAGAAGAAUCUGAAUUGAUUUUUGACGGUGUUUUUAACAUCUCUCCACAUCCAAUGUAUUCUAUUGGUUAUUUGGGUUAUUAUGGUUUAUCAUUGAUUUGUAAUGAUUAUAAAGUUCUUUUGGUGUCUGUAUUUGGUCACUAUUCGCAAUUUUUGUUCUUGAAAUACGUUGAGAAUCCUCAUAUUGAAAGAACAUAUGGUGAUGGUAAUGAUUAUGACUCUCAAGUGAAUGGUAGAAUUGACGAUUUGAUAUCAAAAGAAAAUUACGACUAUUCAAGACCUCUUAUUAAUAUGGGCCUUUCCUUUAACAAUUUUAACAGAUUAAGAUUCACUGAUUACUAUACAAUUGGUACCGUUAUGGUAAUUAUGUUGGGAACAAUCUUCAACGCCAAGGCUGUUAAUUUAAAUUACCUCUUUGUUGUCGUAUUUAUAACGAAACUGGUUUCAUGGAUGUUUAUCUCUACUAUAUUGUAUAAGCAAUCCAGAACCAAAUGGUUUACAAGACUGUUUUUGGAAAAUGGUUACACACAGGUUUAUUCAUAUGAACAGUGGCAAUUCAUUUACAAUUAUUAUUUAGUGUUAACCUACACAUUGAUGAUAAUUUACACAGGGCUGCAAAUUUGGAGUAACUUUUCCAACAUAAACAACAGUCAAUUUAUUUUUGGUGUAAUUCUUGUGGCUUUACAAACAUGGUGUGAUAAAGAAACCAGGCUAGCCAUUUCUGAUUUUGGUUGGUUUUAUGGUGAUUUUUUCUUGAGCAACUACAUCUCAACUAGAAAAUUGACUUCUCAAGGCAUCUACAGGUAUUUGAACAACCCUGAAGCGGUAUUAGGCGUUGUUGGAGUUUGGGGAACCGUACUUAUGACAAAUUUUGCUGUCACAAAUAUUGUUCUGGCAGUUUUAUGGACUUUAACAAACUUUAUUCUUGUUAAAUUCAUUGAGGCACCUCAUGUUAAUAAAAUAUACGGGAAAACUGAACGAGUUAGCGGAGUUGGAAAAACUCUAUUAGGUUUGAAACCUUUGAGACAAGUUUCAGAUAUUGUCAAUAGAAUAGAAAAUAUCAUAGUUAAAUCGCUAGUUCAUGAAAGCAAGAAUGCCAAUAGGGAGACAGAAGUUUUGUCUAAGAAAUGUCCGGAAGAUAAGGAAUGGAGCACUUUGAUUCAGGAAGCAAUGGAUAGCGUUGCGACGAGGCUAAGUCCCUACUGUGAAUUAACAAUUGAAAACGAACAGCUAGAAAAAGGGUUUGUCCUACCCGUGCCUGUGAGUUUGAACUGGAAAAUGCCCAUUGAACUUUAUAACGAAGACGAUUGGAUUGGUUUGUACAAAGUGAUUGACACAAGAGUUGAUCGUGAAAGAACAAGAGUUGGCUCUGGUGGUCAUUGGAGUGCGACUUGCAAAACUUCAUAUAUGAAUUAUGGUUCAAGUCAUAAAGAAUCUGUAACAGAAAUUAGUGUCACUGAUAAAUUUGUUCAAGGUAAAGUGACAUUUGAUACAUCCUUGCUGUUUUUUGAAAGUGGCGUUUAUGAGUUUAGAUAUCAUUGUGGAAACUCUCAUAAGGUAUUAUUGAUUUCUACGCCAUUCGAAAUCACAUUGCCAGUAUUAAAUACGGAGACCCCUAAAUUGUUUGAGAAAGAUUUGGCUGAGUUUUUGACCAAAGUCAACGUCUUGAAGGAAGGUAAAUUUUGUGCUUUAGGGAAUCGGUUUUUUGGAAUGGAUUGCCUAAAGCAAUUGAUCAAAAUCUCGAUUGGCGUUGAACUCUCCUCUGAGUAUAUAAGGAGAGUUAACGGUGACAUCCAUGUCAUUUCACAUCGCGCUUGGGAUAUAAAGCAAACGCUUGAUAGUCUUGCAUGA